UCACGUCGUCAGCCAACGCAUGCGCUUUAGUGUCUGGGGCAACACGUCACAGGGGAAGAUGGAGGAAUAUGCACGCGAGCCCUGCCCGUGGAGGAUAGUUGAUGACUGUGGUGGAGCCUUUACAAUGGGUGCCAUUGGUGGUGGAAUUUUUCAGUCAAUUAAAGGCUUCAGGAAUGCUCCAGUUGGAAUGAGUCACAGGCUUCGUGGAAGUUUGACUGCAGUUAAGACGAGAGCUCCACAAUUAGGAGGAAGCUUUGCUAUAUGGGGUGGGCUAUUUUCCAUGAUUGACUGUGGCUUAGUAAAGGUCAGAGGUAAAGAAGAUCCAUGGAACUCCAUAACCAGUGGAGCCUUAACAGGAGCAAUAUUAGCUGCGCGAAAUGGUCCAGUGGCAAUGGUGGGAUCAGCUGCUAUGGGAGGUAUACUUCUUGCCUUGAUUGAAGGGGCUGGAAUAAUGCUCACACGAUUUGCGUCAACACAAUUUCCAACAGGUCCACAGUUUGUAGACGAACCAACUCAGCUACAAACUGCAUCAUUUGGCGAAUAUCGACAAUAUCAAUGACAAAUCCAUUACAAUACCUCUAAUUUUGUGGAUGCUGAAAAGAUGUGUUAACAAAUAAGUCACUCCAGACAUCUGUGAAGAGCACACCAUCUUAUAUGUAGUCACGUUACAAUAUUUUUUAAAAUGUGGCUGAUCAGAGUUAUUGCAGGACUGGUGUGAUUAGAAAAGGUCAUUGUGGAAAGUUUGAGAAUGUAUAAAAUGAAUUUCCGCGAUUAGCCUUGAAAUAUAUGUAUAUAUGGUAUAUUCCAUAUUUUACUUUGAUAUGAAGGCCCUUAAUCAGCAAUUAUAUAGUCCAAGAUCAUUUUUAUGCCUGAGUUUUAUAGAGUUCUGUGGUCAAUAUAUCUGUGUAAACUAUGGUGAAAUCUAUUGACAUUUGCCCUUUGUCAUUUCAUAUUCAACAAAUUAAUCACCACAGCCAGUCCCUUCCAAAGUACUUUACGCAGAUUUGAAUGGGCACAGUCACAAAACAUUGAGGGAAAAGUUGUUUCAUCCCAUUACAUUAAAACUUAAGGUUGAAUCAUCCAUUCAGUGAUUUAAUUUAUUCAAUACUUUGGGCACAAAACUUUCAAAUUUUGUGCCAAAUGUAUUUUGUUAGAUAUUUUAAUUGGAUGUUAGAGGCUAAGUGAUAAUUACUUGACCUACAUUAUUUAUCAUUGCAUUCAACUUGACGCAUUUGGGUUAGAAAGAAAUUACUUUUACAGUAAGAAAAAAGGUUGGAAUUUGGGCACUUAUUUGAAAAACACACCUUUUGGGUUUUCAAUUUUAAUGUGUCAUUUAUCACUUCUACCCUGCCCUUCACUAAUUAAAUUGUGCAUCAAGCAACUUGUCACUUGAUUGUACCUAAGCAAAUUUCUGAGAGUUAGUAAUUAUGGCACAAUGAAAAAUACCAGUGUGUUUAGAACAUUUGUUCAAAAUGUUCUGAAAGUAUAUCCUC